AUGGAACGAAAAGGGGUCACAGAAAGAAUACGCCCACAAGGGAAUCGAGAAAAACUGGAAGGUAGUCGUGUAUGCACAUCUGUUAUUCCCGGUGAACCUCAGGUUACUAUCGGCACUGACCGUUCAUUCACUUACGAUCAUGUAUUCGAUCAAGCUACUCAACAAGUUGAAAUCUAUGAUUCAUGUAUAGAAAAACUAGUUAACGGUCUUUUUGAUGGGUUUAAUGCUACAGUUCUCGCAUAUGGCCAGACGGGUUCUGGUAAAACUUACACUAUGGGUACGGCUUUCGACACCGGUGCAAUAUCAGAGCAUGAAGUUGGAGUGAUUCCACGAGCUUUGGCUCAUGUCUUCCGUAGGGUUUCGGAUUUGAAACAAGAAGCACGAGAGGGUGGCAUCCUUGAGCCAACCUUCGAGGUCUCCGUUCAAUUCAUAGAGUUAUACAAUGAAGAAAUCAUUGAUCUGUUGGCAAAUGAUCGUUCUUCCUCGUUCAACAUACGCAUACAUGAAGAUGCCCGGGGAGAGAUCUACCUUCACGGUGUUACCACUAGACAAGUACAAGACCUCCACUCGACACUUGAAAUCCUCAAGAACGGAGCGCUAAAUCGUACCGUAGCGGCAACGAAUAUGAAUGAACAAUCGUCACGUUCCCAUGCUAUUUUCUCAUUACACAUAAAGCAACAACGAGUAGUACCACAAGAAGCUGAACCGGUUAUUAGUCAGCUAGCUCUCGGUAAUGUCAUUAGUGCUCUGGGUGGAGCUAAUGGAAAAGUCAGUCAUGUACCGUAUCGUGAUUCAAAGCUAACCAGACUACUACAAGACUCGUUGGGAGGCAAUAGCCGCACUCUUAUGGUUGCCUGUGUUUCACCUAGUGAUAGCGACUUUGUGGAAACAUUGAACACUUUGAAAUAUGCCAAUCGUGCGAAGAAUAUCAAGAACAAGGUGGUUGCCAAUCAAGACAAGUCAUCAAAGCUUAUCGGCGAAUUACGGGGUCGUAUUGCGGCAUUGGAGGCCGAGUUGCUGGAGUUCAAACAGGGCCGAAGAACGGUUGGCAGCGAUGGUGUGGAGACCGUCAACGAUCAGUACCAUGAGAACGUUAUGCUUACGGCGGAAAUCAACCAGUUGAGAUUCCGUGUCAAAGCUCUGCAAGAAACGAACGAGAUCCUCCGUAAUCGUAAUGUGGACCUAAUGGCGAAAGAUCUCGGUCCAAACGGUUGUUCGGUAAAUUCUCCUACAGAUGAACAUGGUGGCUCCUCCGACGAAGCGAACAGCUCUGCUUCGAAUGACGCGGUCAUGGAUCCAGUACAGGCUACUGUGCGAAAAUAUCUGGAGGAGUUGGAACGAAUGCGAUCACAACUCUACGAAUCUCAGGCAGUAGCAAAUCAACUGAGAAAAGAGAUGAAUAAAUGGAAGAACCAGGCUCUUGGUUGUGGUGGUUUCAUGGAAAGUAAUGAUAGCUCUUUCACAUCAUUCAGUCAUCAACAACUCAUUGAAGAUGCUCGAGCUGAUAUAGAAAGACUUCGUAGGACUGUGUCUACGGCUUCGAAUGAAGUGACAUCCGAUUACGCUUCCCAUGCUGACACAGCCGAAGAGGAUGGUACCAGUAAUGAUGCAGAUGAGUUGGAUGAAGAAGAUGAAUAUGAUCAAGAUGUUGACGAGGAUACAGUGUUCGAUGAAGAUCAAAAAGGUGCUGCUCUACGGGAUAAUCUUGCCGACCUUCAGACGGAGAUUAACAUCAAGGAGAGAUUGAUCGCAGAAUUAGAGCGAUCCGAUCGACAUUUGGCAGAAGUACGUUUGAGUUAUGAGAAAAAACUCACGGAACUCUCGGCUCAAAUCAAAAAGAUGGAAGCGGAACGUGACAGAGUUGUGAUGGAAGCUGAAGCAAAGAAAUCCGACAAAGCCAGCCAGGAACAAGCCAAGAGGAUCCGAGAAGAGUAUGAGAGAAAGUUGGCUGACAUGAGAAAUGAAUUCCGCAAAUUGCAAAUGGUCGAAAGAGAACAUAAACGAAUGCAG